AUGAAUGAACUAAAUCAGAAACGAAUUACUGCUUAUUUGCAGAAACGAUGUGAAAAGAUGAAAUGUGUUGAUAACCGGAAUAAUCCCGGCCACUGUUCAGGAAAUAACCAGGAAGAAAGAAUAGAUGAAAGAAGUUUAGCCAUAUGUCAAUACGGACGAAAGAAGUUUGAUAAAGGUUUAUUGAUGACAGUGAUUGAUUGGGUUUCUCAUUGGCGUGAAAGCGAAGUUGUACUAGCUAAUGAACUAGAAGUUCCUCCUGGUAUAUGGUAA